AUGUCCAAGAUAACACUUGUCCCUCCUACUAUCUCUCCACAUCUGGAAUCUGCAUCAACCUCCACCGCUCCUGGACCCUCAAAACCUGACGAGAAAUCUUCCAAUAUCAAGCAACCUUCUCCUCAAGAAGCAUUUUCCGACUACCUGCGACAUGUGACCUCUACUCUUGAUCGUCUUACAACCCUUGCGGCAGCUCUUCCACCCAAGUCAGACCUUGCUUUUCAUAAGACUAUGGAUCCGUCGUUUGGUAAGGCUAUGGAUGCCGGGUCCUUACAGGUCCUCGAGAUGGCAGAGAAACUAUUGGGAGUCAUCAGUGCUACUCAGGGUGGCAAGGGGAAGAGCAAGAGGAAUACACUGGAGAAUGAAGAGGAUGUCACUGACGAGUAUCGUCGAGCGGUGGGAGGCGUAGUUGAUGGUUUACUGGAGGAUGCAGAUGAACAGUUGGACGAGUUGAGAGGGGAAAAGAAGGCAGUGGCUAUACAGGUGACGGAAGCUCCUCCUCAGGGCUCAUCUAGCAAUAGCCAGAGAAAACGUCCAGGCUACCUCCCGGCUCAUAUCAGAGAUGCACAAAUUCCAAAACCUCAACUCCAAUUCGACCCUCCAAUAGACAACAAUAAUUCCCCCUCACCCUGGCAACACUCACUAUCGACCAAACUUCACUCCAUCGUUCCUCUUAGCUAUAUUCCCCCUUUAAACAUUGAUUACACUCCGGAGGAAGAGUUAGACCCCACUUUGGCUGAAUUGAGAAAAGCCAGAGAAAUCAAACUCCGUACUCAUCCUUAUUAUCACGAAACACGAAACCUCGUCUAUCCGCAAUCUUUGUUCAAUCGUUCAGAGCCCAUCAUACCAAAGCCGAUGAACGAGACUCCCUAUUCAUUUAUCGAUACACCGGAGCAGCUUGAGGAAAUGGUGACUCAUCUGAAGAGUGUAACUGAGAUAGCUGUGGAUCUUGAAUAUCACUCGACUCAUAGUUUUGCCGGAUUUACGUGCUUGAUUCAAAUCAGCACGAGGGAGAGGGAUUACAUUGUGGAUGCUAUCAAGUUGCGGUCCGAGCUGAGGAGAGAUAAAUUGGGCGGUGUGAUGGUAGAUCCUUCAAUUGUCAAGGUGUUUCACGGCUCGCAAUCUGAUAUUCCCUGGCUACAGCAGGAUUUUUCUAUCUUCGUCGUCGGUCUCUUCGAUACAUUCCACGCCACAUUGGUUCUCAAUUUCCCCGCUCAUUCACUCGCCAGCUUACUGAAGCUGUACUGCAACUUUGAUGCCGACAAACGAUAUCAACUUGCCGAUUGGCGUAUUCGACCUUUACCUGAGGAAAUGGAGAUGUAUGCUCGAGCGGAUACCCAUUUUUUGUUGUACAUAUACGACAAACUGCGUAAUGCCCUGCUGGAUAAAUCCGUAUCGCUUCUCCCGACCCCUGUUGGUGACAAAGAAUCAAAAACUUCAGACACAGCGGAGAAUGGUACGGUCGAAGAGGGUCAUCUCGCUCACUCCGCUAUGAAGGAGACGCUGGAAAGAAGCGCACAGACAUCAUUGAUAAUGUAUCAACCCAAUUAUUAUGAUGAAAAGACUGGUAGGGGUUCCGGAGGCUGGAGGGAGGCCUGUUCUAGAUGGUUGCCUAGUUCAAAAGAUACUGAGGCGGGUGCGGUGUUCAAAGCUCUUCAUAGCUGGAGAGAUUCACUUGCUAGGAAUGAAGAUGAGAGUCCUGUAUGGGUUUUGCCCAAUGACAAAUUGGUCGCUCUUUCCAAACAACGUCCCUCUACUCUUUUCGUCGUUCAGAAGAUCAUUGGCAAUUACUCCCCUCUCGCCCUACGCCACGCAGCGGAUAUCUUGUCAGUCAUCGCCAGCACCAAAGCAUCAUUCACACUCGCCCGUAAUCCCCCGGCUAUUUCCCUGCCACCUCCCAAUCCAGAGUCCCUGUCCUCUAUCGACUCCUCCGUCCAGACCCUCCCCAAGCCUCCUAUCAAUGGUGACUCUGACAUAUCCCCCGAAGCAGUUGCCGAUGUCUCCACCGCCUUGCCUGAGAAGCCCGUUGAGACCUCGACCUGGGACGAUCUAUGGAGUGUCUUUACUCCGAAGAAGCAGGCCCGUAGUGAAUUGUUUGGCAAUUUCUUCACUUCUUCCCGUCCCGCCCCUACAGUGGCACAAGCACAGUCAAAAGUGCUUUUGACAAUGUUUGGCUCGACAUUGGGUCAAAAACCAGCUCGAGCUCUUUCUCCCGGAUUCGCUGAGGUUCUCGAACAAAUACGAGUUGAAAUGGUUCCCCCGAUUCCAUCGACCCCGACGUCUGAAGACACACAACAAGCACCUGCCAGGGCGGAAAAACAAGAUCAACUGGUUCCUGAGACUGUCCCAUUCGUCCCCUCGACCAAACGGACGACAAUUUCCACUUCAUUUUCUACUGUCGUCGUUGCCACGAACCCAGGUCCCUCAACCGAAGGAGCAAGUGCGACAAAGGCGAAGGAAGAAGGGCAGAAAACUACGACUGAGACCGUCACCAAAGAAGACUGGGAAGAUGCGGUUGUAUCCGUUAAGAAAUCCCGUAAACGCACGAGGGAGCCAUCAUCCGGUUCCACAGUUGGGACCCCCAUUCUCCAGAAAACCGUUACACCAAGCUCAACUCCCAGCGUAGAGAAAGAGCAAAAGGUUAAAAAGGUCAAGUUUGAAGUGCCGGAAUAUGACUACGCUUCUCAACCUGAUCCACUCUCCAACCCUCAAUCGCUUCAAGGACCGAAAGCCGACAAGGAUAAGAAAGGUAAAGGAAAGAAGGAGAAGAACAAGGGGACGGGAUCGGUCAUUGAGAUUCCUAGAUUUGGGAACCAACCGAAGGAUAUGUCCCAGCCAAAGGUGGGCAAUAAGAGUAAGACGUUUUAAGGGCCAACUUCCGAUAUCAUUUAAGCAGAGGGGUUUUGGUGAUUGGGGAUAGCCGGGAACGGAGUGAACGAGAUUAUCGAGGGGGCACUGAAAGAGGGGAGACAGAAGGGGAAAGUGGGAGUCAGCAUUUUGUACUUUGGUCAUGGUCUUUUUCGUCUCGCAUCAUUGCAUCGUCAUCUCUCA